AUGUCAUUAAAGAUUUAUUGGGAUAGAGUAACUGAAAAACAUUCAAUUAAAUUAAUGAAUUAUUUGAAUGAAAGAAUAUCGGGAUUAACCGAAACUUAUGAUAUGGUAGGUGAAAUGAAAAUUACAAAUCUAUCAUUAGGUUCAAAACCACCAAAGUUUGAAAUCAUACAAAUUUCAGAUCCAGAUGCAUUGAUAUUGGGUAACAAAUCACCCAACGGUAUUGAAUUAAGAGCUAAAAUUGGAUACGAUGGUGAUGCAUACAUUGGAAUACAAGCAGAAUUUAAAGUAAAUUUACCAACUCCAAAUUUUAUUUCUUUUCCUGUAAAUGUCAAAGUUUCAAAUCCAAUAUUUUCUGGAAUUGCAACAGUUAUUUAUGAUACAGAUAAAGUUUGUUUUUGUUUUUUACCAGAAAAUGGUGAUUCACCUGAUGAUUUUACACCAUUGAAAGAUGUAAAAUUUGAAACUCAACUUGGUGAUUCAGCUCAACAAGUUUUAGUAGAUUUAGAUAAACUUCAAAAUUUUAUUGUUGACCUUAUUAAAACCUAUUUAAAGAAAUAUUUGGUUUUCCCAAAUAAGAUGACAAUUCCAUUAAGUGAAUUUAAUAAUUAA